AUGGAUAUCGUCAAAUGCAAAUACAUUACUCAUGAAAAUGAGGAUAUAAUUGGAUUUUGUUUGAAUUAGAAUUGUUAAAAUGCAACAUAAUAUUGUAAUGUGUGCUUAACAACGACUCAUUCGGAUCAUUAGAAUGAUUGUGUUCGAUUCUCUAAAAUGAAUUAAUAUAUUAAUGAAUUCAUACAAGUUUACAAUCAAUCAACUAAAUAAUUAAAAGAAAUCUCAAAAUAAGUUUAACAUUGUUUAGAAUAUAUUUUAAAGAUAAUGGAAUAGGAUGUUAAAUAAUUAGUAAAGAUGUCACUUCAACUUAAAAACAAAGAAUAUUUGGAAUUUAAGUCAUAAAUCAACAUAAUCAAAAGGUUGUUCUAUAAGGAAAAAGAAAAUUAAAUAUGUAUCCAAUAGAGUAUUUAAAAUAGAAAAACAAAUAAUAUAAUUGAAUGAUAUUCUUGGAACAGUUCAGAAUAGGGUCACAGAUUUAACGAAAAGAAGCGAUUAAAAAAGUUCGAGUUGGGAAUAGAAAAAUAUCAUAAAAAUCGAAGAAAUACAGGAUGAUAUAAUAGAUUAAAAAAAAUAGAACAUAAUAGAAUCUGAAGGAUUUUAUAAUAAAGGUAUAUGAAUGUUAUUGAAAACAGGAUUGUCAUUAGACAAUAUGAAUAGAUAUUAAGAAGCAAUAGAAUGUUACGACAAAGCUAUUGCUAUUAAUCCAAAUUUUGAUGGUGCAUGGAAUAACAAGGGUAGUUAAUCAUUAAAAAUCAUUAUUUAGGAUUGUCAUUAAAAAAAUUGAAUAAAUGUUAAGAAGCUAUUGAAUGUUACGAUAAAGCUAUUGCUAUUAAUCCAAAAUAUGAUAAAGCAUGGAAUAAUAAGGGUAGUUAAUCAUUAAAAUCAUUAUUUAGGAUUGUCAUUAGACAAUAUGAAUAAAUAUUAAGAAGCUAUUGAAUGUUACGAUAAAGCUAUUGCUAUUAAUCUAAAAUAUGAUAAAGCAUGGAAUAAUAAGGGUAGUUAAUCAUUAAAAUCAUUAUUUAGGAUCGGCAUUAGACAAUAUGAAUAGAUAUUAAGAAGCAAUAGUAUGUUACGACAAAGCUAUUGCUAUUAAUCCAAAUUUUGAUUGUGCAUGGAAUAACAAGGGUAGUUAAUCAUUAAAAAUCAUUAUUUAGGAUUGUCAUUAAAAAAAUUGAAUAAAUAUUAAGAAGCGAUAGAAUGUUACGACAAAGCUAUUGAUAUUAAUUCAAAAUAUGGUAAAGCAUGGAAUAACAAGGGUAAAUUAAUUUAUUAUUCAGGAUUGGCUCUACACAACUUAUAGAAAUAUAAUGAUGCAAUAUUAUGUUUCGAUCAAGCUCUUAAUCUAUAAAUUACUUCUUCUCGAUUAAAAAAUAAAGGUAUAUCGAUGUGUUUUAAAUUUUUAGCUGAUUCAUUAUUUAAAUUUGGGAAGAAAUCAGAGGCUAAGUAAUUCUAUUUGGCUGCAUUGGAAAAAGGGUCACGCGAAAAGAAUUAUAUAUAGAGCUAACUUUCAUAAUUAUGA